AUGGCCUCCCACCGCAUCGGCGCGCGCGUCGCGGGCCUCUCGCCAGCGCAGCUGUGCGCCAUCAUCGAGGCGCAGGCGGGCGCGAGCGACGCCGCGCUGCGCGUGGCGGAGGAGCACGCCGCUCGGCUCGUGGAGCAGCCCGAGUGGGUCCUCUCCGAGGUCCUCCUCUCGCCGGACCUCGCCCCGCACAUCCUCGCCCAGCUGCCGACCAAGGAGCACGCCGCCAAGGGGAC